UUUGAUGUAGGUAAUCUCACCACAUACGUUCCAGCACAUACCACGCCUAAUUUCACACGAGUUUAUAAAUUGCUUGUUAUUCAACUACCACAUUCAUUCUUUACAAUCUACUGAAGUAUCCAAUCUUGCCGCUGUAACUGUGAUAUUACUGAACUGAGUUACAAAAUGGUGGUGCUCACAGCAGAAGACUUCGGCACUUUUAAGGGCGAAGUGGUGAAGAAGUAUACGUGGAAGACAAACUCCGGAUUUUGCCUCAGUGCUAUUUCUUAUGGAGCCAUCAUUCAGUCUAUUAAAGUAAAAGACAAGAACGGAGAGAUCACAGACAUAGUUCUCGGGUUCGAUGACCUUGACGGUUACGUCACCAGGAACACGCCAUAUUUCGGCGCGGCUAUUGGUCGAUGCGCGAACAGGAUUGGCGGAGCCACCUUCGACAUAGAUGGCGCCACUUAUAACGUUGCCAAGAAUAUUGGCAACAAUCAUUUGCAUGGCGGGAUCGUUGGUUUUGAUAAGGUCAACUGGAAAUCGACAGUGGAUGGCGCAAAGGUGACCUUUAGCUACUUCUCGAAAGACUUGGAAGAAGGUUACCCUGGCAACUUGGUGGUCUCCGUGUCAUAUGAAGUGACUGACGAUGACAGGUUACACAUGGACUUUGCAGGCACGACUGAUAAGAGGACUGUGGUGAACCUGACAAACCACUCUUACUUUAACUUGGCUGGUCACGACACUGGUUCCGAGGAGCUGUACAACCAUGUGUUUGUAAUUAAUGCUGACAAGAUAACGGAGACGGAUUCAGAUUCGAUUCCAACUGGUAACUUCAGCAAGGUGGGUGGUACUCCUUACGACCUGCGAGUAGCCAAGCGGUUGGGUGAUGUAAUGGACCAACUUCCGGGGUUGUACGAUGAUAACUUCUGUGUUACCAGCUAUGAGAAUAAGGGCUUGACCUUCGUCUCCCACGUGGUCCACCCGUCUUCAGGACGCUUCCUGGAAGUCUACAGCAACCAGCCAGGAGUCCAGUUCUACACCAGCAAUGGUCUGCCAGCUCCCGACCAAGAAGCCAUCAUUGGCAAGGGUGGUGUCGGCUACAGACGCCACGGAGCCUUCUGCCUUGAAACCCAGAACUACCCAGAUGCCAUCCAUCAUCAGAACUUCCCUAAGGUCGUGCUGAGUCCAGGAGAAGUGUACGAUCAUAAAGUGGUGUAUAGUUUCGGGGUUGAUAAGCGCAGUUCUCCCCAAGUAGUACAGUCAUGAGCAAUAUCAUGUACCCACUUUAGGACCCUGUCGCACUAUCAUAUAUGAUUUGACAUUUAAUGAGACUUACGGUUUUAUUUGUUAAAAAAGUUAAUGUGACAUGGUUUCA